AUGCAAACAAUUGGGUGGAAAGAAGGUCUCGAGGAGUUGAAAUCAAUGUUCCCCGACGUUGACCCACAAGUGAUUGAACAGACACUUCGUGGCAAAAAUGGGCACAUGGAGAAUACAAUUGACGCACUUUUAUCGUACCAAGAAUGUGUGAAAAAGGAAGUAACUGUUGACAGUGACGAGCAACUUGCGAGGCAAAUCCAAGAACGUGAGAUGGGAAUGUACCGCGCGAUGGGCGGGAAGAAGAGCUUAACUGAGUUAGAGAAGGAUUCUCAAAUGAGGUCUGCCGCGAUGAAACAAGACAAAGAAAAGGUUGAAACAAAGCCAACACUCCAGCCACUUGAUCAAUCUCAACACGCUUCAAAACAGCAGAAAAAGCAGAAGUCCAUGUGGGACGAAAUUGGAAAUAGCGUGAAGGGAUGGUUUUCUCAGUCAGAGAGUUAUACUGCACUACCUGAAGACGAAAGUGAAUCGAAAAAAGACCGGUAA